AAGAGGAUGGCGGCGGGGACGCGACUCCCGUCCCGGCUCGGGCCGUUCCUUCUCUUGGCGGCCGCGCUGGGGCUGCGCUUGGCCGGCGGCGCUGCUUCGGAGCCCGGCAAGUGGAGCUUCACGGCUGGAAGCGUUCUUUCUGCCACCUCCUGAGAGCGGAAGGAAAAUCCACGUCCUUGGAGUCUGUGUCUGGGCUGCGAGUGCAAAGUUCAGAGCCGCAAUCUUGUGCCUGCAGGGGAUGGCAAGUGGCCUCUAGAACCAAACGACAAACUUGUUUGUUUUCCCCAAGACAAUGUUUAAAGGGACCAAGAUUGUGCUCAAAUUUGACCACAGCACCUGCGACCAGCAAGAGGCAUUGCUGACCAUCACCUGGUAUCUGCGCAGCUCUCGUUGCCACGACGAGGUCUACAUAAACGACAACAAAGCUGAGGCCUACCUAAUGGAAGCCGGUCAGAUUGGGGAGGGCCAGUACGUUAAGCAAACCAACCAUACUCCAUGUAAUCGGCUCGUGCAGCUGAAUCUUCGAGAAUUUCCAAAGCCCCAAAAGCUGAGGCCUCUGGCAGGCAAGUCCGAGGAAAAGCCUCACGUGCGGAAGAGGGAGGCCCACCCAUCCAUAGAGGCCCAGAAAGCCCAGGAGCCCCCGGAGAAGGCAGGCGCCCAGAACGGUGCCAAGAAAGCCACUAACAUGGGCUCAGAGGAGAAGGAGCCUCCCCCGGCCAAAGAAAAAGAAGCCGCCCUAAAGAACGACACGCCAGGGGAGCCGAGGCCGGAGCAUUCCGAGGUUGCCCUGACCUGGGACGACGGGCCGUACGUUUUCAUCCUCAAGAUCGAAAGCAAGACCUCUCAGACCCUUAACUGGAAGGUCAUGGUGGAUGUGGAGAUGCGGCAUCCUCAGUACAAGUUCAUCUCUGCUUCGGAGUGGCCCCUGAUGGUGUUCUACAUGGUGAUGUGCAUCGUGUACGUGCUGUACGGUGUCCUGUGGCUGACCCUCUUGGCCUGCUACUGGCGGGACAUCCUGCGCAUCCAGUUCUGGAUCGGGGGCGUCAUCCUGCUGGGCAUGCUGGAGAAGGCCGUCUUCUAUGCAGAGUUCCAGAGCAUACAGAGCCAGGGGGUGUCGGUUCAAGGGGCCGUGAUAUUCGCAGAGAUCCUGUGCGCCGUGAAACGGAUGUUAGCCCGGGUGCUGGUCAUCAUUGCCAGCUUGGGCUACGGCAUUGUCAAGCCACGGCUGGGGGCCCUCUUGAACCGCGUUGUGGGCGUGGGUCUCGUGUACCUUCUCUUCUCCAUCAUUGAGGGGGUCCUGCGGGUGAAAUCGGAUCAAACUAAAGAAGGCGCCCUCAUUUGUGAGAUUAUUCUGGCUUUUGUGGAUUCCUGUAUCGUCUGGUGGAUCCUCAUUAGCCUGGUUCAGACCAUGAAACUGCUGAAGCUGCGGCGGAACAUGGUGAAGCUCUCCCUCUACCGCCACUUCACCAACACUCUCAUCUUCGCCGUCAUCGCAUCCGUGAUCUUCAUCAUCUGGACCACCAAGACGUUCAGACUCGUCACGUGUCAGUCGGACUGGCGGGAGCUUUGGAUCGACGAUGCUUUCUGGAGGUUCCUCUUCUCCAUCAUGCUGCUCGUGAUCAUGUUCUUGUGGCGCCCCUCGGCCAAUAACCAAAGAUACGCCUUCAUGCCCUUGGUGGACGAAGGCAGUGAGCAAGAAGAUGAGGAAGAGGAGCAGAUGGUCAACGAAGCUUUCGAAGGGAUGAAGAUGAGGGGCACAAAACCCGAAGUCAAUGGGAUCCUCAAGGGCAGCAGAGUGGACGAAGAUUUGAAAUGGGUUGAAGAAAACAUUCCCUCUUCUAUGGCUGAUGUGGUGCUGCCCCCUCUGCUAGACUCCGAUGAGGAAAUCGUGACCACAAAAUUUGAAAUGUCCAAGAUGGAAUGAAGCAGGGACUCCCGCCUGGCUGCCGGCUGCCCACCAUCCCUUCUUCCCGAUGGGUUUGUACAGAUGAAGAGUCACAGACGGUCGUCCUUUUUCUUUCUUUCUUACAAGUGCACAUGCAUAUAGAUAUAUAUAUAUAUAUAUCUCGUGUGUAUAUAUAUAUAUUUGUAUACGGCUAAAAGAUUAUUUUAUUACCUUUUGCAUUUCUAACUCUGGAGUUCUUUGCUGGGCCAGGACUUUGGCCCUUUCGGAGGGGCAUCGGAAGUGGCUCCCGCUGGAGAGGAGGAGGAGGAUUCUUGGACGAUGCGGCAGUGACUUUUACUCGCUCCGUCUCUCUCCCAAGCGCUGGCAGAGGAUGGCCUCCAAGGCCGGCCCGCGUGCCCCAUUGCUCCUGGGGUUCCGGGCACUGGCUUUCCACGGGGGCCUGGCCCCUCUUUUGGAGGUGGCGAAGCAAGGGAGCCCUUGAGCAUGAGUCCAAAGUGGAAAGGAGCAUCCUGCCUAGCUGGGCUGCGGAGAAGGGCAGCUUCCGCCCCCCACCCACCCUGCAGUGUUGACCCUAACUCUGCCAAGGCCUGGUGCUGGGGGCGUGGUACUCCGCAGCAGCCCGUCCUACGGGGCCGGGCUGGGGCUCCACGUGAAGCACACACCUGCUUCCGCUUCCCAGCAGCUUUGGCAGUGGUGGCGCCCUCUCCUCGCUGCUAGUGAGAGUCCUGCUGCCUGCAGGUUGGCCGAGCUGCUCAUGCCAGGGCAGGGUGUGGGGGGAGAGGCACAGCCAGAGCUGCUGGGAACCCGAGCCGGCUGCGUCCUGCUGGGCGCCCCCCCCCCUCCCCAGCUCCUUAGGACGGGCUGCUGCUGCCGCCACGCGCUGAUCAGAGGGGGGCCUUUGGGAUUAGAGGGAUGGAGAUUGGGGAGAAGCGCCCGCAGUCUGUGGGAAGGCGCUGGGUCCCCCUCUGGUGAUGCCCUGCAGCUGCAUGGGAGGCACAGAGGUAGGAAAGGUGUGUCCGUCUCUCCCAUGAAACUGUAUAGGGCAGCAGGAGCAUUUUGAGGAUGUGAAAACGGAAUGGGUCAGAGCAGUCCCUUGUCACAAAGGAGUUGAAGGGCGUGGACACCCCUGGGUACUCCCGGGUUCUAGUUGAGGAGAAAGGCAGGUCGGCCCGGGAAUGGCGUUAGUGCAGUUGGGGGAUUCAGCCUAAAGCAAGGAGCCGAUGUGGGAAGCGUGGCUUGGUGCCCGGAGAGGGAGGGGUCUCCGCUGUGAGUGCCCUGCUGCUCUUUGGGGCGGGGGGGGCAGCAGCACUCGCCUGGCCAGGUUGUAGCUCCCGUCCCUGAGGCAGCCCCCUCUUACGCUCGCUCCACAGUUUUAAUCCACUCCUUUAUGGAGGGUUUCUCCUUCCGUAUUUGGAUGGAAGAGCAGAAACGUCGCCCGUUGUCUGAAGGCUCUGCGGCAUUCUGGGCUGGAUCAGCGGAGGCCUCCUUCCUAACCCAGAAUGCUUGGAAGACAGCUGCUUUACCCACAUGAACCCACUUCAUCCACUUUGCAUUUAAAAACACCUUGAUUUCUCUAAAAAACCAGAACUCUAAUUUCACUGGAGCCAUGGGCAGAGUUAUCUGGUUGCGAAGUUUGCUUUAAUUUUCCGACUCGGGUACCUUCCCUCUGUUCUGAUGUGAUGCUUUGAGAGAUUACCUGAAUAACUGGGUGUGGAGAGGGGAGGAAGAUUUCUUCUCGAAUAACCCUUAUUUAUUUUGACAUUGUACAUAUGUCUUGGUGUGCAGAGGGAAAAGCUGUAUGUGUUUUAUGCAGUAAUGUUUAAAAAAAUUCACAUCCUCUAAUUUA